UAGCCAGAGACCGGAAGUUUGACGUUUUUGGCGUUGUGCUGUUUCAGGAGCGGGUGUGUUGCUCGAGUCCACCCUUAUUCCAGCCAGCGCAGAUGGGGGACGAGAAGGACACGUGGAAGGUGAAGACGCUGGAUGAGAUUCUUCAAGAAAAGAAACGCAGGAAAGAGCUGGAAGAAAAGACAGACCCCAAGCGCCAAAAAACCGCUGAUGACCGGGAAGCCAAGCGUGACACCCCAGAGGAAGGAGAGUUGCGGGACAACAGGAUGGAAAUAACAAUCCGGAACUCUCCAUACGUGCGCGAGGACUCCACGGAAGACAGAGGGGAAGAGGACGAAUCCCUGGCCAUCAAACCCCCGCAGCAGAUGGCGAGAAAAGACAAAUCGCACCACAGGAAGGAGGAGAAGAGGAAGGACAAGAGGAGGCAUCGCAGUCAUUCUGCAGAAGGCGGGAAGCACAUGCGCUCAAAGGAGAAGGAGAAAGAGCGGGAGAAUGAGCGACGCAAGCGGCAGCGUGAGGAGCAGGACAAGGCACGCCGAGAUUGGGAGCGUCAGAAGCGACGGGAGCUGGCCCGGGCACACUCGCGCAGAGAGAGACCCCCUGACAGGCGUCCCCCGUCUCCUCCUCCAUCCGCGACGCGCAGGGACCGCUUAGAGCAGUUGGAGCGGCAGCGGGAGCGAGAACGCAAGCUCAGGGAGCAGCAGCAGAAAGAGCAGCGGGAGCUAAAGGAGCGCGAGCGCAGGGUUGAAGAGCGCCGCAAGGAACGCGAAGCACGCAGGGAAGCACCAUCCCACCACCGGGGAGCGCUGGACGAAUACAGUGAGAAGUCGAGACAAAGCCACCGCAGCCGAAGUCCCAUCAGGCCUCUGCGUGAGCGGCCGGAGCAUAUGGACUCUCGCAGGCCAGCAGUGAGGGAAGAGAAACCUGAGGACCGAGACCUUCUGUCGGACCUGCAGGAUAUCAGCGACAGCGAGAGGAAGACCAGCACAGCAGCAUCAUCCUCAGGAUCUGGUUCAGGCUCUGAGGAGGAGGAGGAAGAGGAUGAAGAAGAAGCAGAAGAGGAAGAUGAUGAGGAGGAGGAGUCGAGCAGCCACAGUGAAGGCGAAGAGGAAGAGUCUGCCUCCAACUCAGGUGGCUCUAUGCAGAGUGCAGAUGAUGUGAGUGAGGAGGAGCAUUCCGAAGAAAACUAUGAGGAUGAUCGAGAGAACGGGAACCACGUUCCUGCUGUACCCGAGUCCCGCUUUGACCACGACUCGGAGGAGAGCGUCGAUGAAGAAGAGGUGGAGGACGGCGACGUCACGCCCCAGUCCCACUCGCGCUCCGCCACGCCUGAGGAGAACUACAUCCCUGACUCGCCGCCCAUCUCCCCUGUGGAACUGAAGAAAGAGCUGCCCAAGUACCUUCCUGCUUUCCAGGGCUGUCGCAGUGUUGAGGAGUUCCAGUGCUUGAACCGCAUCGAAGAAGGUACCUACGGGGUGGUCUACAGAGCCAAGGACAAGAAGACAGAUGAGAUUGUGGCCCUCAAGAGGCUCAAAAUGGAGAAGGAGAAAGAAGGGUUUCCCAUAACUUCCCUGAGAGAAAUCAACACCAUUCUGAAGGCUCAGCACCCCAACAUUGUCACUGUGAGGGAGAUCGUUGUCGGGAGCAACAUGGACAAGAUCUACAUUGUCAUGAACUACGUGGAGCAUGACCUCAAGAGCCUCAUGGAGACAAUGAAACAACCCUUUCUGCCAGGCCAAGGUGAGGUGAAGACCCUCAUGAUCCAGCUGCUGCGCGGAGUCCGUCACCUCCAUGACAACUGGAUCUUGCAUCGAGACCUGAAGACUUCUAACCUGCUGCUCAGCCACAAAGGCAUCCUGAAGGUGGGCGACUUUGGCCUCGCCCGUGAGUACGGCUCACCCCUCAAGCCCUACACCCCUGUGGUGGUGACGCUGUGGUACCGUGCCCCUGAGCUCCUCCUGGGUGCCAAGGAGUACUCCACGGCUGUGGACAUGUGGUCUGUCGGCUGCAUUUUCGGCGAGCUCUUGACCCAGAAGCCUCUCUUCCCCGGCAAGUCUGAGAUCGACCAGAUCAACAAGAUCUUCAAGGACUUGGGCUCACCCAGCGAGAAGAUCUGGCCUGGCUACAACGAACUGCCCGCUCUCAAGAAGAUGUCCUUCACAGAGUACCCGUACAACAACCUGCGCAAGCGCUUCGGGGCCCUGCUCUCCGACCUGGGCUUUGACCUCAUGAACAAGUUCCUCACCUACUGCCCCAGCAAACGCAUCUCAGCCGAGGAGGCGCUAAAGCACGAGUAUUUCCGCGAGACGCCGCUGCCCAUUGAGCCAUCCAUGUUUCCCACGUGGCCGGCCAAAAGCGAGCAGCAGCGGGUGAAGCGAGGAACGAGCCCGAAGCCCCCAGAAGGCGGCUUGGGCUACAGCCAGCUGGGAGAUGACGACUUGAAAGAGACGGGCUUUCAUCUGACCACCACCAACCAGGGGGCAUCUGCAGCUGGACCUGGGUUCAGCCUCAAGUUCUGAUGCGGCGUGUAGGAUACAGACCGAUGUGUCUCUGUGACUUCAUGGCUGAUCGCGGUUGUUUUGGAUGGGAACAAUACUCAUGAGGACAGAAGCCAAUCAGAUGAAGCCAUGCAAAUGAAGAGAACCGCAUAGCUCGCUGGGAAACGUCCGAGAACAUGAGACAAUGGUCCGGGAAGUUUUCUGGGAUGCAGCCAGAACACGAGGGGUCGUCACCUUUCUGGGUAGUACCUCCCCACAGGAAGUCCUGGCUAGAAGUUUUUUCUUCCACUGUUAUGCGAGUUGGUCAGACCUUCAGUCUGCAUUUUAAGCAGCUUUCUCCCGCACCUGAGUGGUGUCCUCUGCAAACUUUUGACAAGAGCAAGACGUACAGCGUUAGGCUUAGCCGGCGUCCAGUUCAGGUUUUUAUCAGCACUGGAUGAAGAAAAAUCCAGAAUUGAGCAAACUUUGUUCGUGUUGGCUGACAAAUAGACACGGGAAAUGUUCUGAAAAAUAUAUAUUUGGUCUACACUUGAGGAUUGAUUGUAAAUGUUUUUGUUUUUUGCCCCCUCCCCAUGUACCUUGGAGUUGCCUUCUUUCCAGUGCAGUUUAAAUUUGCAGGCUGUU